AUGAUUGAUCAAUGUACAUUUGGUUUUCGUUUUGUUAAAAAUGAGUUGCGUACUUGUUCACAACCUGCUGUUGCUUGGCAGCUUGAUUUAUUUGGACAUGGACGAGAAAUCAAUUCUUUAUUUGCUCAAAUGGGUUAUGAUGCUAUUUUAUUUGGUCGUCUGGAUUAUCAAGAAAAGGAACAACGUACAACUGAAAAAACAUUACAAAUGAUCUGGAAAAUAAAUGAAAAUGCUCCGAAGAAUGAACGAUGGUUAUUUACUGGAAUUCUUCCCAAUCUAUACCAUCCACCAGAAACAUUAGGCUUAAGAUCGGAUAUUGCAGGUAGUUUAUUGAGAUCGUCUGAUGUUGAUACAAUACAAGAAUCGGCUAGUGUGUAUAGUAAGAAUUUGCUGGAAGCACUCAAAAUUCAGCAAAAAAAAUAUAAUAGUAGUAAUAUAGUUAUUCUAUAUGGUGGUGAUUUUGAAUAUGAAGAUGCUACACAAUAUUUUCAAAAUAUUGAUGCUAUGAUUGACACUAUUAAUAAUAUACAAAAUACAACAAAUGAUGAAAAGAAAUUCUAUGUACAUUAUUCAACACCGACAUGUUUUCUUCAUGCUUUAUCACAAGAAAAGCGCUCAUGGCCUGUACGUGAAGGUGAUUUUUUAUCAUAUGCACAUCGUGCACAUGCAUUUUGGACCGGAUUCUAUACAUCAAGACCCGGUAUCAAAUAUUAUGAACGCUCAUUAGGAGCUUUCUAUCAAUCUCUUCGACAACUGAGUAUUGUUGCGAAUCAGAUUGACUUUCAUGGUUUAUUCGAAUUAGCAGAAAUCAUGAGUUUAUUGCAGCAUCAUGAUACCAUCACGGGUACGAGUCCAAUGGUUCAUAUUGAUGAUGCUCUUCGACGAAUGCAUCGAGCAGAGAAAAAUGGACAAGCAUUAGCUUUGUCACUCUAUCAACAUAUUUUAACACCAUCAAUGACAACAAAUUGGUCUACGCCAUUAAUUUUUUGUCAACUUAAUGAAAGUUAUUGUAAACCGCUUGCUGACAUCGACAAAUUUUCUGCAAUUGUUUACAAUCCUUCAUCAAUAUCUAAUCAAGUUUGGAUACGUAUUCCCGUUGCAGAACAACAGACCAUCAGUCUCGAUGUUGAUAAUGUAAAGAAAUUUUCAAUUGAUGCUGUAGAAUUUGGUACUAUCGGUUUAUCACCUAUGCAUGAAAGUAUUCCAAUCGUUCAUAAACGUGAUCAAUUACAAGAAUUAAUUGUUCGUGUUCAUGUACCACCAUUAAGUUUACAAGCUGUUCCAUUUAUCAUAUCAAAGCAAAAACAAAAUGUUGAACAAUUAAUCAUGGCAACAUCAAGUUGUUCAAUUGAAAAUCAACAUUAUAUAUUAAAAGUCAAUGAACGAGGUGUAAUCAUUUCAUUACAAGUGAAAUCAAUUAAUAAAGAAAUCGAUUUCACACAACAUUUUGGUUAUUAUAUAAGUUCUCCUAGUGACGACAUAUCAGCUCAAGCAAGUGGAUUGUAUGUUUUCCGUCCGAUUGGUACAAAUCCACCACAAAAAGUUAAUAUAACACACUUUUAUUGUUUUAAACGUAAAGGUUAUGAAGAAAUUAUUCAAGUUUAUUCAUCAUAUGUUUAUCAAGCAAUUCGUUUACUUGAUAAUUCACCAUAUAUUGAAUUCGAGUGGAUUGUUGGACGAUUACAUAUGAAUGUCGAAUUAGUUACUUCCUAUCAAAGUAAAGAUCUUAAUAAUAAUGGAAUCUUUUAUACAGAUUCUAGUGGACGAUCAUUAAUGAAACGAAUACGAGAUCAACGUGAUGGAUAUCGUUUUAAACAGAGUGAAAAGAGUGCUGGUAAUUAUUAUCCAUUAGUAACUGGUAUCAUGAUCAAAGAUGAAAAACAAGAUUUACAAAUGAGUAUAAUUACUGAUCGAGCACAAGGUGGUGGUAGUAUAAACGAUGGACAAGUUGAAAUUAUGCUCCAUCGACGUGUCUUAACUGAUGAUAGUCUUGGUGUAUCCGAAACUCUCAAUGAGCCGGGUAUUGAUGGUCAAGGUUUAGUUGUUCGAGGUCGUCAUCUAUUAUCAGUAGCUAAACCUGAUGAUAGUAUGCAAUUCUUUCGUGAAUAUGCAUUAAAAUCAGUUUGGAGGCCAAUAAUUGCUUUUCGAAAUGAUAGUAAUGAUCAACCUCUUGAUUAUAAAACAUGGUCAUUAUUAAAAACUGAAUUACCUCCACAAGUAAAUAUUCUAACAAUAGAACCAUUAAGUCAAAAAGAAAAUAUUUUAACGAUUCUUUUUCGUAUUGAACAUAUUUAUGAUCGUAAUGAACAUUCCAAAUUAUCAAAAUCUAUUUCAAUUCAAAUUCAUAAAAUUUUUAAUAAGUAUAAAUUACUUAAAGCUAACGAAGUAACAUUAGGUGCAAAUAUGAAUAAAAAUGAAGCAUAUGAUCGAUUAAAAUGGACACUAAAUUCAACAUAUGAAGAUAAAAAUGGAUAUAAAGAAACGCCCACUUUUGAUGGACAAAUCAUUCACUUAUAUCCCAUGCAAAUACGAUCGUUCAUUAUUAAAUUAACAAAACAUUAA